CCACUGAACGUCAGUCAAUUUAUUGUAGUUGAUAUUUGAACUCUACUCUACACUUUUAUCGUACUAAUCAAAACUAUCCACAAGUUUUAAAAUGUCCUGGUACUAUACUCCUCACCCCACCGUUUAUCCAGCGGAGGAAUUUGACGCUGCUGGCGAUGCAGCUGCCCUACGGAAAGCCAUGAAGGGCUUCGGCACCGAUGAGCAAGCCAUCAUCGACGUCCUAUGCGCCAGGACCAACCAACAGCGUCAAGAAAUUUCGGAAGCUUUCACCCGCGAACUAGGUCGGGACUUGAUUGAAGAUCUGAAAUCUGAGUUGGGCGGAAAGUUCGAAGAUGUAAUUAUCGGACUCAUGCUGCCUCCUGCCAAGUAUCUCUGCAAGCAAUUGCACAAGGCCAUGGAUGGCAUCGGAACUAACGAAAAAACACUGAUCGAGAUUCUGUGCUCGUUGAACAACGAACAAAUCCACGACGUAGUGGCCAACUACGAAGAGAUGUACGACCGUCCAUUGGCAGAACAUCUUUGCAGUGAAACUUCCGGUAGCUUCAGGCGGCUACUGACAAUGAUCUGUAUAGGAUCACGCGAUCCUCAAGGAACCGUUGAUCCGGAUCUAGCCGUCGAACAAGCUAACCAGUUGUACAAUGCAGGUGAAGGCAAGUUAGGUACGGAUGAGGAGGUAUUUUACAAAAUCCUGGCUCACGCUAGCUUUGACCAGCUGGAAAUCGUAUUCGACGAAUACAAAAGUCUCACUGGCCGGACGAUCGAACAAGCUUUGAAAGCCGAACUCAGCGGAGAAUUAUACGAUGCGCUAAGUUCGAUCGUUGAAUGCGUGCAAAUGACCCCACAUUUCUUCGCCAAAAGGCUACACAAAGCCAUGGAUGGCGUCGGAACUGACGACGCAGCUCUGAUUCGUAUUAUAAUCUGCCGUUCGGAGAUCGAUUUACAGAACAUCAAGGAUGAGUUUGAGCAAAUGUACAACAAAUCGCUGUAUAGCGUUGUCAAGGGAGAAACGUCUGGUGAUUACAAGCGUGCCUUACUUGCACUUAUCGGCGAUGCUUGAACAAAUUCCUACCAUGCAAAGCAGAAGCUAUGUACGCCUAUCGCUUCAAAAUGUGUCAACAUAUUACAAACCGAUUUAUCCAUUAAACCCACUCACAUCUCCAAGCUCUUCUAAUGUGAUGAAUAAUCGCAAAUUGCCAAACUAAACAUCGGAACAUUAGAGGAGGCCUCGAAUCUCUAUGAUACAGAAUAAAGCGUAAAUGGUUCAUCUUUGUAUUGGUUGAAAAAAUAAUCAUUCGCUGCUGAAAAUAUCUUAUGCAUGCAUCCAUAUACGUGUGUUUGUGUAUACUUGCUGUAACUUGCGCGGAAUACUAAACUAAACGUGUCAGUCACUGCAGAAUAACAAAUAAAACCGCCAUGUUCGUAAUGGUUUCCUGUGUGGAAUAAUUAUUGCCUUCU